AUACUAUUCCUGCUCCUUUGGCCUUCUUUUCCGAACUGCACGACAAAACUGUUACCUCUGAAUACGCGCCGCGGCAUCUCCGAGAAAAUCUUCCCGGUCCAGAUCCUUACGGCAAUCAAUUGGCCGACGAAGCCCGGCACCGGGUAUCGGAUCGAUCGUAUAUCUAUAUCUCUGUUCCCGGAAGACCUGGAAUCAAGCGUGUCGACGAAGUCUAUCCAUCGCCAUCACAUAAUCGGCUUUUUGGAGUGAUCGCGCAGCUUUUGCCAUCCUCUUUCAACCUUGUACAACACAGCAUGGAUACCCCCGCUGUACCUCUGCCGCAAGAUGCUCGGGAACAGGCGAUCCUGGACAGUCUUGUUGUCGUCCGCGACAAGCUCCUACUCCUGAAGCAGGACCGUACCACAUAUAUUCGAAGCCAAGACAUACUCCCGCUCUAUGACGAGACAAUCACAAGGGUAAAAGAGCUCAACGAGAUCCGUACUGAGACGGGGAGCAAGGAAGAAAAUCGACUUGACAAAGUCUUGGAGAGCUGCUUCCAACUGCUGUCCCUAUUCUACCUUACUAUCGGACGCAACAACGAGAUCCCCGCAAACUACGCAUUAACAUCAACCAUCAAGAGACUGCUUGACCACUUGACCGAGGCCGAUCUUUAUUCAGCCAAGGAUCUCGGGAGCAUCAAGGCGACGCUGGCAAACCUUUCUCUAAGCAUAAGCCAGGCAAAGUCCCGCGACAACAAGGCUGAGAAUUACCCAUAUCUCCUCGAGCUCCUAUCAAAGCGAGUGGAGAAGUGCCAGGCUACAUUAGAGAACCUCCAAAAGCGAUUAGGACGCAUCGGAGAGCCUCUGCUUGCAACGCAUGAGAAGCUGAUUUCUAUCAUACGAUGCAUUUCAUUGGCAAAUACAAAGGCCAAGUUCUCGAGCAACGAAGUUCAAAAGUUUCGAAAGCAACUACUCGAUAUCGGAGAGAAGCGUAAAGAUGGCCAGUUUGUCGCCGAAGAUGGAUCUGUCCCCCCCGGCUCUGUGGAGACUGGAGAGCUCUACCAACGUUGCCUCAAAUGGUCUGAGAUAGUAUUGGAGAGACAAGGAGUCAUGCCAGAGCCAUUCCGCCCAACCUACAACACCCUGGUUGGUAUUCGCAACGAGCUGGAGAAGCUAUCAUUGACACAAGCCUGGGCUCUGCGCGAGACAGAUUUAUAUGACUUCCAACGCCAGCUGGACAAGAUUGACGAAAGCCGACAAAACGGAAACUUUUAUGAUGACAGAGGCAGACCAGCCGAUCUGUACACGCAGCGAACGAUGCUGUAUUUGACGAGACGAAGCUACGCCUACAUUUACUCUUUCAUCUUAGCCUCAGAGCCGGUUUCUGAGGCACUUCUGCCCAUCUAUAACCAGCUCCAAACUCUCAAGAGAUGUCUCGUUGAAGUCAGGGACAGUGGCGGCGUCUCUUCAGUCAGAGAGCUGUAUCCUUACAGCAUGAAGCUCAACUCUCUCGAUAACCUCAGAGUGGACGGCAAGUUUGUUGUUAAUGGCGAUAUUCCCGAAGGUCAAGGUAGUGUUAGUGAGCUCCUUGCUGAGUGUUUCGACCUCAGCUACGAUUUGAGAGUCGCAGCAGAAGAGGCAACAGCGGCUUCUGUUGAUGGCAAUUAAAUGGUACUUGGGGCACAAACCGUUCAUUCCGUAUGGCGGCUUGAAGAAAUGGACUCUUUGGGGCCUAUUAUUUUUCUGACACUUUUUUAAAAGUCAGUCUUAGUUGGGUCGCUUUUUGGGGAGUUUAGUGUAAUCUUUCUUCUUCUUUCCCUUUUAUCAUUUUGCAUUGGGGUUUCUUAAGGGUCUGGAAGACAUGGGGGCCGUCCAGCGAUGGUGUCUGAUCAGCUAUGCUGAUGGGAUGAUGGCCAACGGGGACAUCGGAUACAUCACUAUUAAUCUGCUUUGAUGGCAUUUACUUUUUUUUUUUUUUCCGUUUGAUCAGAUGAAUCGAUCACGACCCUUGCUAUCUA